AUAACUAAGUUUAUGAGUUCUCCCACUAAUUUCCGAACAAAAUGGAAAACGAAAUUAUUAUUGGUGAUUCUUUUGAGUCUACUUCACUAAUGCUCUCCAAUGAGAAUGCUAUAAAUCUGAAAAUGUUAAUACCAAGCUGUGCUGCCGGGGCUAUCAUUGGAAAAGGAGGUGAAUCCAUUGGGCAUAUACAGAAAGAUACUGGCUCGAGAAUCCGAAUGACUAAAUUGAACGACUUCUAUCCAGGUACUUCUGAGCGAGUAUGUCUUAUCACUGGUAGUCUGGAAGCUGUACGCAAAGUUAUUUAUUUUAUAAUGGACAAAAUUAAGGAAAAACCAGCUGAGUGUUCUUAUCCGAGAACAGAAGAGAAACUUCCCCUUUUUGAGCUUUCACGACAGAUUAUAAGGCGCUCUUCAACAAUUUCCAAUAGUAGUACCACGACAAGUGGCAGUUUGGAUGGUACCUUCAUGCACGUGAAAAUUCUUGUGCCUAACAGCACAGCCGGGCGUAUUAUCGGUAAAGGAGGGCAAUAUGUUGAACAGAUUAAAGAAGAAACUGGUGCUUAUGUCCAGAUAUCACAAAAGUCUCGUGAAACCAAACUGCCAGAACGUUGUGUGACCAUUGCGGGGGAUUUGGUAUCGAGUAAAAAGGCCAUCGACUUGAUCCUUCAUAAGAUAGUCGAGGAUCCAUAUAGCAGAAACUUCACAACACUUAGUUAUGCUGGUUAUCCUGGACCCAUUGCCAAUGCUAGCCCUACUGGAUCGCCUUUUGCCAAUUCUUAUACAGCUGAGAGGAAUGACUCGAGAGAUUUAUCUAACAAUCUGCGCAGUGAAUUCGGAGAUAAAAACUCACUUGAAUUUUCGAGCAUGGGUAAUCUGAAUAUUAACAGCAUUCUAAAUAGUAACCUCUUGACUCCGUCAUCGUUAUUAGACAACUUGAAGAUGACAUUAAGGAAUCUGGGCUACUCUGAACUUGCGAUAGAUGAAAUUACUUCAGCUUACAAUACUCUCUCGAAUUAUGGCUGCCUUCCUCAUGUUAAUUCCGUUGGAAUAUUACCAAAUAUGUUGAACACUGGAUCACUUACAAGUUAUUGUUCGAAUACCAUAUCUAAUCUUGGAAAAAAUCGCACACAGUCCUCAAUUUCUCAAAACAGCCCCUUUAUCAGUAAUUCUACGUGUCGCGACAAUCUUGGAAGCCAAUAUGGUCCUAUCGGUAGCAACAGUGAGACGUUCUCCUCGACACAUACAACCGGAAGCAACGAUGUUUAUUCCAUAAGAGAAAAAGUUGGAUUAGGUUCAAUCAUAAACAACGCCAACUACCAUAGUGUUGGUUUUCCUUGCAAUUCUUCGAAAAAUAUAGAUGAUAUAUGCUUUUCUGGGAUGAAUAACAAUUCUUUCGGUCUCGGCCUUGGCUUAUGUGGGCCAACUGAUAAACCGAACAUAACCUCAAAACAAGAAAUAGAAGUCCCUGAAACAAUUGUUGGAGCCAUUCUUGGUCCUAAAGGCAAAGGAAUUGUGGAAAUUCAACAACUUACAAAUGCGGUCGUACAGAUAUCUAAAAGAGGAGUUUAUGCACCAGGAACCCGAAACCGCCUCGUUGAUAUAAGUGGUACCCCUUUAAAUGUUGCUAAAGCUCAGUUUUUGAUCCAACAGCGUCUACAACAGGAAGAGACAAAGAGGUCGCAACAGACAAAAAAUUAGUUUGAUUUUUCAAAAACUUUGUUCAAGAGAUUUCUGUUUCGACUGAGCGAAGUACGCCAAACUUUAUUUUUCCUUCAAUUGGAAACCUAGCGUCUAUAAAUGAUCAAGUCUUCAGUUAGAUUACAAAUAUAUUUCUCAUGUGUAUUUCUAUAAUAAGCAUUUAUUUACUAACACUUUUGACAAUGUUGUCUUUUGGUCGCAGUUAAGCUUCGCUGGCCAAGGAAAACAAUUGUAUACAUGACUUCUACAGUCCUCCAAUACCAUUUAAAAUUCCUUCUCAAAAGAAAUUUAACUUUGUUUCAUAUGCUGAUAUUUUAUCUGAAUUGAUUCAAAUUGAAAAUUCCGUUUAAAGUAGCCCGUCCGUCAUUCCAUCUUAAUCUUUCCCCCUACCCUGUUUUAGCUUUCUUUUCAACUCGUUUACUAAAUAGUAAAAAUUCAAAUCCCUAAACAUUUUAAAACUUAUCAAUCGGUAAAAUAUCAAUACAAACGAACAUUCCUUUUCAGACCACAUACAAUCCCAAAACUAAAUCACUUCAGACAUUUUGAUUCAAUACAAAUAUUCGGAUACAUCAUGUUUAGAAUUCCCUUUUCCGAAAUCCUUUAUCGUUCCAAUUUAAAUUCAACAAUUUGAAACUCUAUAAUAUCUGAGAUUUUUCAUGAAAAUUCUCACGCAUAUCUCGUGUUGAACAAUUCUUUUCUCAAACAUAAUUCUGUUCAUUUUACAAGUGUGCCAGUUACCAUCUUUUGUUCUAAAAAUAUUUCAUUGUUAUUUCUUUGUUCUUAAAUUGUUAUCGUACUAUUUGUUUAUAUUCCUUAAAACAAAUACUGUCUUAGUUUAACUUUUUACAAGAAUUUCAUUAUUACUAACAUUAAAACUUCAGUCUUUAUUUUUCCUGUUAGAAUUUUCUCAUUGCUUACUUUGAAAACAAUUGCACAGCUCAGGACUGUACAUUGGUUUCAAUAAGUUCAAACAAGAUGAAUUAUAUGAAAAUUCUCUUAAAGAGAGCAAGGGAAAUCUCAUUUCAGCCUGGUUUUGAUUUAUAGCCAAUAAAGUACAUAUUUUAUAU